CAGGCCACAUCAGUAAUCUGGGGCCCCAGCCUCCCCCACACCAUAGAGUCUGGAGGACCCGAGGCUAGACAGGCCCCAAUGAGCCCAUCUCGACGCCUCCUCCAGGUUCUUGCUACCACAGAGUCCCGGGCUCCACACCAUAGAGUCCGGAGGACCCGAAGCUAGACAGGUCCCAAUGAGCUCAUCUCUCUUCUCGCUACCACAGAGUCCCGGCGGCCCCGCAGGUAGAGCGGCCAGCGGGGGAAGCCGCUCUCCCUGAGCUCCACACCAUAGAGUCCGGAGGCGCGACGGAGCUAGUGUCCUCCCUGCGGGCCAUCGCUGGACACCACAGAGACCCGCGGGGCUGCGGACACCCCCCAGCUCGCGCUUGACGGGGCAACUGCGCCGCUCCCCCCUUAAUUAGGGUGACGCGGCGCCGGAAUCGCUCCAGGCUGGGUCCUGAAGGAUGGAGCCCACGGAGGCAGCCCAGGCCCCGGAGGGGAGGAAGAGAUUCACUGUGCAGUCACAGGACCCUGAACAUACCAUGGUGAGACCCAUCUUCAAAUCUUCUUGCUCUGCAGCAGAGCCCAGGGCCCCUGCCCUACCUGGGGCCACCUCCUAUGCCGAAUACGUCGUCAAACAAGUCUCUGCGUCCUUGGCCUCCAUGCCAGUCUCCCGGCCUGCCAGGGUGACGGCUGCAUCAUCGGAGUCCAGAGCGGGAGCUGCCUCAGGAGCGCUCCGUCCAGGCACUGAGACCAGCACUGUACUCCCUGCUGCCAGUGGGGACUCGGACCCCAGCCCCACGCUGAAAGCGGGGCCCAAGAGCAACUGCAUCAUCGUCAGUGCUCGCCAGCGGGGGAACCCCAUCCUGAAAUUUGUGCGCAACAUUCCCUGGGAGUUUGGCGAGAUCGUCCCUGACUACGUGCUGGGCCAGAGCACGUGUGCCCUCUUCCUGAGCCUGCGGUACCACAACCUGAACCCCAACUACAUCUAUGAGCGGCUGCAGCUCCUGGGGAAGACAUACGCGGUGCAGGUGCUGCUGGUGCAGGUCGAUGUGAGGGACCCGCACCAGGCACUGAAGGAACUGGCCAAGAUGUGCAUCCUGGCCGACUGCACCCUCAUCCUGGCGUGGAGCCCCGAAGAGGCCGGACGCUACCUGGAAACGUACAAAGCCUACGAGCAGAAACCAGCUGACCUGCUCAAGGAGAAAGUGGAUCAGGACUUCCUGUCCAUAGUGACGGAUUGUCUGACCAGCGUGAAGUCAGUUAACAAGACGGAUGCGCUGAGCCUUCUCUCAACAUUUGGGUCUCUGGCGAACAUUGCACAAGCAUCCAAGGAGGAUCUCUCCCUCUGCCCAGGCAUUGGGCCCCAGAAGGCCAAGAGGCUCUUUGACACCCUCCACGAGCCCUUUCUGAAGAUCCCCAAAUGAGCGGAGCACUCCCCCACAGCACUGCCAGCAGCACAGACAAGCAGGAAUAAACAACCCCCUUUGCCCAGCAGGCCACGUGUCCCUGCCAGCACGCCGUAUGCUGUCUGCUAGGAAGCCAGGGUCUUGGGGGACACUUAGCAGCACCAGGAACCAUCGCCGAGCUGUUUCUGCGAGUCUGGACUUUGACAAUAAAACAUGCUGUGUAGCAUCGCAGGUUGGCCUGGCCACCAAACAGCAUCUCACGUGGCUUUGGGUCAUGGAGUCCUCCUGCCCAAGCUGUGUAUGCCCCUAGGGAGUGGGGGGCUCAUCAAACCUCACUGCCAGAUAAUGGGUCAAGCAGAAACGUGGACACAGCCCCACCUGGUAGCAGGGCAGCAGUUUUUAGCAUCUAGGCUUCCCAUAUCCUCCUGGGGAGGGGUGCUGGCUGGCUGGCUCAGGACUCUCCGCCUGGGGAAGUGUGAGGGAGCUGUUCCAGUCCCCUCCACCCAAUGCACUGACAGCAUGUGUGGUAGCCUGCAGCCUCAGGGGCAUGCACUGCAGGUGCAGGAAUACAUGUGUGGGGGAGUCCCCUGCUGGGGACCCUCACAGCCCCUUCCCUUGCUCCACUGCCACAUGGGCCGUGAGCAGCCAAUAGCUUCUAGGGCAACCAGGGGAGAUUUGCUAGAGCAAGGACUGCAGGUCUCUGGGGUUAAAGCACUGCCUUGAUGCCAGGAGCUGGAGUGGGGGUGGGGAAAGCCUCCCACCCUUGUGUGCUAUGGUCCCAGCAGGGAGUGGUCAGAUCUGUAGGGUAAGCGCUAGGGCCUCAGCUUUGAAACAGUCUGUAGGAGGAACCCUUAUAGGGGUCUGACUCUUCACCACCCCCUAGAUUGGACCUCUGGGCUUUCAGCACCCCUGCUUCACCCCGUGAGCUCCCUUCAGCACGUCCCACUGAGGCAGAGCCCUGAAGGAGACUUGUACGUUUUCCAGGGAUCACUGGAGCCACUCACAGCGCUUUCAAACCAGCAGGGGUUAGUAGCCAUGCGGAACACAGCAUAGGAAGUCCUUAGGUUAGCAGAGAGAAGUGUAGAAGUGCAGGGACUGGGUCGCAGAAUGUAAGGCCGGGUCGCAGUGGCUCUGGGUCAGCACCGCACCCAGGAUGUUAAAAGUCCUGUUGGUGGUGCUGCCCGGCUAAGGCAGACUAGUCCCUACCUGUUCUGACCCCGCGCUGCACCCCAGAAGCAGCCAGCAGCAGGUUCGGCUCCUAGGCGGGGAGGGCCACAGGGCUCUGCGCGCUGCCCCAAGCACCGGCUCCGAGUGGGGGGCGGUGACUGCAGGUGAGAGCAGCACGCCUCCGCCUAGGAGCUGGAUCUGCUGCUGGCCACUUCCGGGGCGCAGUGUGGUCUGUGGUGCCAGGACAGGCAGGAAGCCUGCCUUAACACCCCGGCUGUGCCGCUGACCAGGACCUGCCCAAGGUAAGCCUGCACUCCAAUCCCCUGCCCCAGCCCUGAACACCCCCCCAAACCCAGAGCCUCCUCCUGCACCCCAAACCCCUCAUCCCUGGCCCCACCCCACACACCCCAACCCUCUGCUCCAGCCCUGAGCCCCUCCCACACCCCGAGCUCCAUUGGGUCAUGGGGUGUGGGAGCAGGGCCAACUGGGUUGCCAGAAAAAAAGUCUGAAAGCCACUGGAUUAAAGAAUAGGCCAUGGGGGGUAAUCAGAACCCCACCAAGCUGUAGUAAAUCCUCUUGUUCAAGCUCAGUCAUCCCUCAGACUCCAGGUGUGCCCCCAAGAGCUUCCCACGGCCUGGACUUAGCCCCCACCUCGCCGAGCUGGGGAGAGGCAGCCCAGCCCCAUGUGGAGAGGUGGGGGAGUCGGUUUCUCUCUGGGUCCUUGGCUGCUAGAUGUCAGUGUCCAGGCCCAGUGUCCAGAUGCUCCACUAAUGGGGUCUAUGUGGGCCUCGAUCACCCUAACAGCUGGUUACAAUUCACCCCUGUGGCUUACCCUGCCCUGAGAGCAAACAGUCCCUUUCCACCCACGGGGGAAACUGAAGCACAAACAGGCCUCAAAAACAUUACAAAAAAUCCCCAUUUUGUCUCAGGAGUUACUAACUCCAACCACAGCCACUGCCAGACCCCACCGUCCCCCACACACCAGGGAGCUGCUCAAGCUGCCAGAGCUGAGAGAAGGGCAGCAGCUGGGGCAAGUCACAGGCACCAUGGGAGCAGGGUAGGGCUCCAGGGACACCUCCAGAACCAGGGCUGAAACAAGUGGAUGGUUGUGGGAGGGGAUCUCUCAAUUCCAGCACAUGGUACAGCAUAACAGCAUCCCAGGUUUAGCUCACCAAGUUAUACUGAUGGAGUGUUAGGGUUUAAAUGAGGCAAGUUAAAUAAAAUACCUCCUGUGAGCUUGGGAGAGUGGCA